AUGGCAGCUGCGGCUGGGCCUGCGACCGCCUACGAAAGCUCGACGUUCGACCGAGAUGUAUCAAUCGCGGUUGAUGAUGAUAUCGGCGCGGCUUCCAUCUCACCGGCGGGCCGGGACGUGGUACUGGCCAGCAGGACAGGACUGCGUAUUUUAGAUCUCGACAAUUUGUAUACUCCGCCACGUUUCAUCGCCAAUCAGUCCUCCUGGGAUGUUGCAGAUGUUCAAUGGUCCCCAUUUGCUGCGCGGGCAGAGUGGAUUGCUUCGACUCGCAACCAGUUGGCGCUCGUUUACAACUUGUCCAUGUCGCACAACUCUAAGAAGGCACCAAUCGAGUACACGCUGCGAGCACACGAUCGCGCCAUCACCGACAUCAACUUCUCUGCCCAUCAUCCAGAUCUACUAGCGACAUGCGGCAUUGACAGCUUCGUCUUCGUUCAUGACUUGCGCUCUCAGCGCCCCCCCUUAAAACUUGCAGACUUCACAGCAGGCGCGACGCAGGUGAAGUGGAAUCGGCAGAACGACAAGAUCAUUGCAAGUGCACACGACAAGCACCUCCAUAUUUGGGAUGUCCGCAAAGGGGCUACACCUCUCGCCACCAUUGCUGCGCACAACACCAAGAUCUACGGCAUUGACUGGAAUCGCUCGGAUCCUGCCAAAAUAUUGACAUGUUCACUCGACUCGACUAUUAAGCUGUGGGACCAUGUCGGUAAGACUGCAGCCACGAACACCCCUCGACGCAUCAUACACACGCACUAUCCGAUAUGGAGAGCUCGCCACACGCCCUUCCCACACGGUCUCAUUGCCAUGCCACAGCGUGGAAAUUCCAGUUUAUGGCUCUACAAACAUGUGAAUGACAGUGACAGGGAGACGUUCACUAACGAAGCUGUUCACGAGUUUCGUGGACAUGAGCCCAAUGCACAAGUUCGAGAAUUCUUAUGGCGUGUCAGAGGUACAGACGACCACCUAGAUGACAGAGAAUUUCAAUUAGUCUCUUGGGGCACCGAUCGGCGACUGCAUCUUCACCGCGUGAGUUCGGAGCUCCUUAACAAGUCUGUGUGCUUUCGAACGGGUGAGCCGCGACUUGAGGCACCCAAUCUCAUGCGGAGAGGAGCGGCAUACGUCACGUAUCGUGAUGGUCCCAUACCAACACAAACGACAAAUGCACAGGGCGAAAUCCUACCUCCACGCGUUCCACCAAAGGGCAACCUGUCUACUCUGCUCCAGAACUAUUCUCUCAGCAACGAUGUUUUCAGUUCAAGGCACGCUGGUGACAUUCGGUCCCAAACUGUUGCUGAAUUACAACCUACACGAGAGACAAUGACUGCUAUCCCUAUACGGCGCAACAAGACCCGCGUAGCCACUCAGAUCAUGUGGAUGGAUGGCGUUAGGUUCGGUGGUCAGAACGACAAGAUUGAAGAGGCCUUGGAUCGCCUAGAAGACCAAAAUCGUGCAGACAGACUUCCCAGCCAGGAGCAGGUCGACAUAGGAGCUGAGAUCUCGCAAGUUGGCAGCAAAUACACGAAGUUGGAUUUCGAAGUCAUCGACAUACCAAACCGUACGUUGACGGUCGCGUUCAACGGGCCCUGGGGUGACUACGAUCAAACUGUCGACGAGGUCAAACUUGUUUUCCUACGACUCACCAUCAAGUUUCCAGCUAAUUAUCCAAAGGCUGUAGAUCUUGAGACGGACGUUGGGUCUAUUCGGGCAACAACACCUCUGGACAUUGAGUUUGAAAAAACCACAGCUUCGAUCCCGAAAGCAAACCAAGACGCAUUGACUGAACGCAUGAGCCAGAUUGCUCAAACAUGUGCAAACCAGGAGCGUGAAGCUCUGGAACCUAUCCUUUCGUACGCUCUUGGAGAGCGGGGAUUCGAGGAUAGCCUCGACUUACCCGACGAUAACCACCUGUCAGAUGAAUUAGACAACUUGCCAGGAGGAGAAAGUUCUAGUGAAGACGACGAGAACGAGGGUGAGUUCACUAACGACGUCAUGCAAUCUUCUCACACCAACGCCAACGUACCGCUCCCCGUCCAAUGCUCUGUUCGCUUUUCUGCUUCCGGAUCUCUUGUUGUGGCUAGAGUACCCUUGAUCAGGAUGCCACCACUCUUGACUGCUAGUCCGUUUCGCUUAAACAACCGGCAUGGACCCGCGAAAGACGAUAUUUUCGAUUCAUUUGGCCGAUUCGCUACUCAACGAACUGGAAAUUCAAAUGGGGCAUCGUCACCCGGGUCUUCCGAAGCUUCUUGGGAAUCAUCGAGCUCUCCUUCAUCCGCAUCAGGAUCUGAACCUGUAGUGGAAGCGCAUCUUGGCACCUUCCAACCGCCUAUGGCGUGGCAGAAAGCAGGAGCUCAAUUCCAGUCCAGAAACUCUUUACCGUCGUCAACUGGUGCCGGCAAACCAGCAGCCAGGAAUAGAUUCAUCGUUUCUAUCCUUUCCACAGCCGUGGAUGAUCUGGUACCUAGUAAGCGGAGCCUUGCGGAGAAAUACCGAAUCUUUGGGCCUGGGCCGGAAGUUUGUGAACAUAAUGCUGAGGUGGCUAAGAAGUGUGGCCUAGACGAUCUGUCGGACAUCUGGAUGCUCUGCAAGUUAAUUUUGAACAACGAAGUGCCCUUGGGAAUCCUAUCGCAACAGCACCGUAGAGAGCAGGUUGUCAUACUGGCACGGAGAGCUCUGGUGAGGAUUAAACGUAAGGACAGUGGCCUGGAUCUGCAAUUCGAUGAAGCAGAUGCAGUGACGAACCCUUCUUUGACAGGACGCAUAAAGUGGGGCAACCAUGCUAUUGUCUCUUGGCUUAUACCUGCUCUAUUUGAUCACUUCGAGCGUCUCGCCGACACUCAGAUGCUUGCAAUGUUGUCUUGCAUCUUUGCAGAACCCGCUGCUUGUGAGGGAGUCACCUCAGCAAUGGCCAAGACAAGACAGUCCCAUCUUCCGAUGUCCAUGACAGCGCCGGCGUUUUCCUUGGAUUACUUUGCGUCAUCAGAGAUAGCGUGGAGUCUGUUCAACCCUAUCAUUUCUAUCCCAUCAACGCCAUCACACUCACGAUUUGCCACACCAGUGAACGAGUUUGGGUGGCAAAAGCUUGCGAAAGACAGCGGUACUUACGGUAGCCACAGUAGCUCGAACGGACCCUGGGGAAGUGACACGAUAGCCUCUGAUCCCAUCACCCCCUAUUCUACUGGUAAUACACCGCCAGCCAUCCCCAGGGCGUCAGUUGUUAGGAAUGCUCAUACGACAAACCACACGCUUUACUCCACGUCACCUGAGCAGAGCCACUCGACCAUCAAAAGAGCUUCGACUGCAAACUUCGCAAGCGCAGUGGCAGCUUUGUCUCGGCCAUUUGCAAACGCCAUGUCGGCUUCACCGCCUGUAAGGUCGCGCACGGACGACUUGUCCACAUCAGCACCGACUAGCGGAGUCACAUGGGGAACAACGACAUUCUACGGAAGUGAUCUACAGGACCGCAGUACUCUUGCGCCAGUGCGAACAAAGCACCAUAAACAUACCAGCUUUGCUGAGACUGAACGUGUCGAGGUGGAUGAUCUGUAUAAUUCUGACGUCGAGGAUGGAAAACUUCCCAAUUGCAGCGCUUUCGCUUACGACGGAGCUUCUGAACAUCGACCAUUUGUAACGAAGAUGGAUGACGGUAGCAGCGAUCCCAGAGGACGGAUCAAGGUCACUCUUAAAAAUCAAGAUCAGUUCGAUGAUGAAUCUUGUCUAAGCAGACCCUUGCUGGACAUGAGCAAGGAUUGGUUGUAUCGUGCUUGGAGAGAACAAUACGCCGAGAUGCUGAGCGGAUGGGAAUUGGUGAGUACGAGAGCCGAAGUCUUGAAGUUCAACGGGCUGGUGUCCUACUUCCCGGCAGAGAGUUCUCGCAGCAGCUCAAAAGCAGGAUCAUUGCACCUGGCGCUCAGGAAAGGAGGUGUCGACAGGGGCGAAAACGCCACUUCGAAGCAUCGAUCUGUGACUUCAACGAUGCUGAUGCCUCCAUCGCCCGCUCCUGAGCCACGCUCGCCAGCUGCAUCUGCACAGCAGUUUUCUUUCAAUCCGGAAGCAAUGGCAUUCGAACCAGGCCAAUCGGCAUUCACGCAUCACGAGGACUUGACCGCUCGGAAUGACAUAUCUAUUGACUCGGAACGUUAUCUGCGUCUUUCCAUACCAAUACCUACACCAUCAAAGGAAUUCGAUGAAAACAUUGCUGGUCUAGGCACAUCGCCAGGACGAAUAAGCCUGCAUCCGCGACAACAAAGACCCGGCAGACCCAGUCUCUCCCGCGGGACCUCGAACGUAUCCAGAUCUUCACUUAUAAUGGGCGGACGCGCACCGUCAAUCGACCCUGCGAAUGCCAUACCUAAGCCUGCUGCAUCUGAGCCUGUAUACAGUUGCAGCAUCUGCUGGAUCAAGGUUUCGGGACGUUUCCGUCUAUGUCCUUCAUGCGGUCACGUUGCGCAUUUCGAUUGUAUCGACGAUGAGAUGGGCGUAGAAGAAGGCGAGUGCGUGGUCGGCUGUGGCUGCGGCUGUGGAUUUGAAGUCGAAGAUGAGAGGACCAGGAUGGAGGCCUACAUUGAUGAAGUCAGGGCUGCUACUGCUUCUGGUGUCACUUGGGAGGAUGGUGAGGCCUGGAUGCGUUCUCUACCUCAAGACUCGGAACUUGCUACGCCCAGCGCCUUCUCUGAGAACAGCAUGUUCGAUGGCUUUAAUUGGGGGCGAGGUGUGUCAAAGAUCGCAGGCGCUGGCAACGACAAGCGAAAAGAUAAGUCGAAUGGAAGGGGCACUCCGAGCCCAACACCCACUGCGACGAAGAAGAAGAAGGGUAAGAAGAAGGUUAGGGCUUCGGGGUUGAGUUAUUAUUGA